ACCAGUGAGGAGGUUUGAACUUUUGCCCUCUUGGCUGAGCAGAGACCAUGGCCGGGCCUCCUGUCAUCAUCUGGCAGCAGGAGAUUGAACGUGUGCUCCGGUACCGGGACCUGGUCCCCCGUCUGCAGGACGCCUUGGGGAAGUUCUCCCGGCGGGACGGCGCCGCGGUGCUCCAGCCUGUGCGCACCGCGGUGCCGCUGCAGAAGCACCGCGGCUUCAUGGGGCUCAUGCCCGCAUACAUGGAGGGCGACGGAGUGCUGAGCGCAAAGUUAGUCUGUUUCUACAAGAGAGAGGAAGGAUCCACUCUGCCAGCCGUUCAGGCCACCGUGGUUCUGCUGGACCCGGAACGUGGGAACGUGAAGGCUGUGAUGGAUGGGGAGGUCAUCACGGCCAUGAGGACCGCCGCCGUCUCAGCCAUCUCCGCUAAGCUGCUGAUGGCGCCGGGAGCAGAGGUUCUGGCCAUUCUGGGGACCGGCACACAGGCUCUGAGUCACUUUAACGUCUUCACCGAGAUGUUUUCUUUUAAAGAGGUUCGCGUUUGGAGCCAGACUCAGGAGAACGUCGAGAGGUUCGUCCGCUCAGCGGGAGGCGGCGUGAGAGGAUGCGGCUCGGCGGAGGAGGCGGUGAGGGGAGCAGACGUCAUAGUGACGGCGACCAGAUCCACGGAGCCGGUGCUGUACGGUCAGUGGGUCAAAGCAGGAGCACACGUGGCAGCUGUGGGAGCCUGCAGGCCAGACUGGAGGGAGCUGGAUGACAUGCUGAUGCAGAGCGCUGUGGUGUACGCGGACAGCAGGGAGGGGGCGCUGUCAGAGUCUGGUGAUGUCAUACUUUCAGGGGCUGAGGUGUUUGCAGAACUGGGAGACGUUAUCAACGGAACCAAACCUGCUGAAAGGGAGAAGACAACCGUCUUCAAGUCUCUGGGAAUGGGAGUGGAGGACGCAGUGUCUGCUCAGCUGGUGUUUGAACAGUGGACAGCGAAAGAAACCAUGAGACCUGUUCUUGAUUUCUGAUGUUUCAGCUGGAUCUUUCUGUUCACAGAGGCAGAGGGCGGUGUGUCAGAGGUUUCAGUUCAGUACGAACCAGAACUGACCAAACUGCUGCCCACUGGUCACUUUCAGCCUCUGGCCUCGGCUCUGGGACAGUCCAAAUUUGGCCCUGCACAGCUGGCAAAAAUGUCAGCACUUUUAAAAUAUUUCUAAGCCAUGUUUUCCCUGACAAAAUAAAAAUACAGUGUGGCACAACA